AUGGAAGCGUCAACAUGGGCCCUGCACAAAUAUCUGCUUCCCUUUUUUGUCCUUUUUUUCAUCUGGGGCGAUGGGAAGGGCUGGGUAAGUUGCUUCAACGGAGAGGGCCAUGAGGCCAUAGGGAUGGUCGCCAUGUCAGGGAUGAAGAGCGAGCAGUUGUACGAACUGAAGAAAUUGUUAAACGGAAAGGACAUAGUAGACAUUGGGAAAUGGGGGCACUUAGUCCAUGACAAAAUAAAAGGAGCGGAGUCGAUGCAUUUCAAUUUACAAAACAACGACUGCAAGAGGGCCGUCUUCAAGUGCGAAGAUGAAAAUGGCUUGUGCCUGAUCAACUCGAUAAAGCACUUCUACGGGAGGUUGGCGGGCGAGCACUCGGGGGCGCAGCCAAGUGAACAGCCAAGCGGUCAGCCAAGUGGACAGCCAACCGAUCAACCAAGUGAACCACCAGCCGGUGAAGCAACUGAACAGUCAACCAAUGAAGAGCCAUCCGGUGACGCAACUGCAGAGCCAACUGAGCAUCGUGCGUCCAAUUCUGCCCCGGCCGGGUCGAAGGCCAUCCCCCUCAAGUACCCUAAAAACAUCACCUUCACGGACGCAGACGCCCUCAAGUACCUGGUCUCGCUCAUCGCGGACAUGCAUCAGCCAUUAAGAAUAGCACACCGAUACGACAACGGAGGGAAGGACAUUAAAGUCAUUUACCAAGAUGAUUACAAAACGGUGCAGACCAACAUGUUCGAUUACAUGGAAAGCGAGUUAAUAAAUAAAAUGAUAAAAAGGUACCAGUCAGCAUGGUAUGGAGGGUGGACCCAUGUAAACCGAUUAUUUGAUGAGCAUAAAAAAGACGAAAAAUUAUUUAGUGCAAAAGGAAUUGAUGCAAUUGAUAUAUGGGCAGAGCAAAUUGUAAAUGAGUUUUGUUCCGAGUUUUACCUGAACAGCUAUAUAAGAAAUUUUAUGGUUGGGAAAAAGGACGAAUUACAUUUUGAUACAACCAAGGAGGUGGAAAUUACUUACGAAUUGGAGUUACACUUGGAGAGAAUGCUCAAGGUUAAUAUAUUGAGGGCUGGUUCUCGCAUAGCCAUCGUGCUCAACAGCCUCUUUGCAAAUAGAAAAUUUUCCAGCCUCAGGAAGAAGUCCGAGUUUGAUAAAGGUAGGGCCGUGAGAAAAGAGGGUCACCAGGGUUCAGGUCGAGUACGAGCAGCUGGAAAGACACACAACGGCCUCCGUGUAUAA